ACUAUCGCCCUAAUUGGGCAGGUGUUUUAGUGCCGAGGUACCAAGCCUUAGGUGGAUUAACUACUGUAUCUAGGUACCUACUUACGUCAACUCCAGCUCCCACUUCAAAGUUGCCGGCUUCGAUGUUCUUUCGUAUUCAACUUUCCUAACUUCCAAAUUCAAUAUCACUUCGCGCAAAUAUCCCCAGAUCAUAGUAUACUACGGAUAACUUUCAUAUUUCCACGACAUCAUGGACAGACUGGAAGACCCGGUGAUUACACAUCCAGGGAUGUAUGUGCCCACUCCCAAGGUCCUCUUCAUGAUGGCCGACUACGGCCACGAUCCCACAGAGACCGCCGUCCCUUACACCGCAUUCAAAGAAGCAAAGUACGAUAUCAAGUUCGCCACCGAGAACGGCAAACCGCCGCGAUGCGACAAGAAGAUGUUGGAAGGAUUCACGCAAAAGCUACUCGGCGCCAAGAAGGAAGUCAUCUCUCAGUAUAAGAAGAUGAUUAUAAGCGAGGAGGUGCGUCAUCCUCUCGCGUGGUCCGACCCCGACUUCUCUCUCGACCCCUUCGACCUCGUCAUCUUCCCCGGAGGCCACGAUAAAGGUGUUAGGCAGAUCAUCGAUUCGCCUAUCGUACAUAAGCUCGUGGUGGAUUACUUCCCCAAGACCAAAAAGCCGAGCAAGAAGGUAGUGGGUGCGGUUUGUCACGGGGUCAUGGUCUUGUCCGAGUCGAAGGACGCGGCCGGUAGGAGCGUCAUACGUGACUGCGACACCACAGCUCUCCCGGCCAAGUUCGAGCAAGCCGCGUACUGGGGAACUCGGGCGGUCCUCGGCGACUACUACAAGACGUACGGCCACGGAAGCGAGAAUGUGGAGGAUUCGGUCAAAAAGGUCCUCGCCGACCCAGCUCAGUUCAAGGCUGAAUUGAAUCCCGGCCCCUUCUAUGUCGAAGAUAAGCAGUACAACUACAUCAGUGCUCGGUAUCCGGUCGACGCGGAACUGUUUGCCGAGGAGAUCAUCAAGACUAUCGAGAGCUUCCACAAGAUUGCCUAGGCAUGUCUUACCUAUUCUACUUACUCUAUUAACCGUCUGUUCUAGCUUGGCAACGUUGGUACCCUGUGCGAUGGAUGGUGAAAUGCUAUGUUAUGAAAGAAUGAUCUAGUUAUAAUAUGCAUCAUGAAAGAUAAUAAAUUAAUACUUUAGAAUCAACU